AUGUACGCGACUCGAAACGGCAUGUCUAAAGAUCCAUGCGUGGCUUCCACUUGUCCGGUGCGCCUCUCGUGUCAAACAGUUUAAAGUAAAGUUCGUUAUUUGUGUAAACCCCAGUGACAUGGAUGCGACCGACGCUAACGACGAUACUUUUGGGAUAGACGUCAUAUUUCCAGACGGCGAUAAAACAGCGCCAUGUUGUCCCCACGGGCCAACUUUGCUGUUUGAGAAAGUUGGCAAAGGGGGCGAGAAAGGAAGGAGGUUUUACGCCUGCUCAGCCUGCAGAGACAGGAAAGACUGCAACUUUUUUCAGUGGGAGGAUGAAAAGGUGUCUGAAGCCAGGCAUUUGGCCAGAGAAGAAGUGAACCAGUCAAAAAGACCUCUGUUCACCCAGAAGCAGUACUGUAGCAGGUUCAAAAAGUUUGCCUCGCUCCCGCUGGACGAGAUGAAGUUCUGUCAGGAUUGUCAGCUUCUCCUCCUCCCGGGAGAGCGCGAGGCCCACUCCAAUCACAAAUCCACGGCCGUCACGGCGGCUCAACUGAGGCGACCCAGUGUGCUGCUUCGUCCUCUGGCCAACAAGAAGAGCAACGCCCAGUACCUGUUCACCGACCACAGCUCCCACUUCCUGCUGGACACCCUGGCUGCUCUCGGAUACAGGAAGGUGCUGUGUGUGGGCACGCCCAGACUCCAGGAGCUGAUCAAGUUACGAAAUCUGGAGCAGAAAAACGAGCCAAUCAAGAGCCUGCUGCUGGACAUCGACUUCAGAUAUGCUCAGUUCUACAGCCAGGAUGAGUUCUGUCACUACAACAUGUUCAACCAUUACUUUUUUGAUGGCGAGGCUUCCAGUAAAGUCCUGCAGGCCUUCCUCACAGAGUCCGACGGGGAUAAGGUGGUGAUGGUGGCCGACCCUCCGUUCGGCGGCCUGGUGAAGCCCCUGGCCAACAGUUUCUCUCUGAUCUCGCAGACGUGGAGGAAGCUGCAGAGUCCGGACAGCGGUAGCGCUGACAUGCCCAUGAUUUGGAUUUUCCCGUAUUUCUUUGAGCCGCGGAUCCUGGAGUGUCUCCCCUCAUUUGCCAUGCUGGACUACCAGGUGGACUAUGACAAUCACCCUCUGUACAAACACGGGAAGACGGGCAGGAAGCACUCUCCUGUCAGACUCUUUACUAACAUUUCACCCGGAGACAUCGUCUUGCCCAAGGAGGAGGGCUACAGAUUCUGCUCCCUGUGUCAGAGAUUCGUCUCGUCCCUCAACAGACACUGUGCUAAGUGCAAUGUCUGCCCAUCCAAGGAUGGCCGAGAAUGGAAGCACUGCUCAGCGUGCGAGAAAUGCGUGAAACCAUCCUGGAGACACUGUCAGUCCUGUGGCCGCUGUGCCCUUCCAGACCACCCAUGCGGGAAAGCUCAAGGGAAGGAGGGUUGCUUCAACUGCGGCAGCCUGACGCACAAAUGCAAACAGUGCCCUCUCAAAGGCGCACACAGGGCCAACAGCAGGCAUCGGCCCAAUGCCAAGGGUGGAUUCAAAAAUGUAUCCCGGCCUCGUGUCUUCAAGGCUAAAGCUAAGAGGAAGUGAGGAGCAGCUCGCAGAGCAAAGAAGAUGGCUGCUCUGUCUGUCUGUCUGUCUGACCCCAGCGUAUACGCAGUGUCUUGUCAGUUGUGCAAUCUACAGCAAAGAGGUUUUUUUUUAAAAAUUUAAUCUGAAAUGACUGACUGUUCUUGACCGUGUUGGCAGUUGUAGUAGAAUAAAGUAAUAUCAACAGAGAA